CCUGUUCCUCCCUCCAAGUUGCUGCUCUCCAUCCACCAAAUCAUCAAAUCCGCCAUAGCAUCGUCGGAUCGUCCACACGCCAAACGCUCUCCUCGACCCUUGACCGGUCACUCUCUCCCCACCAGGCACAUCUUUGGUUGCCUGCUCCUUCCUCCCGCAAGUGUUGACUCAUCUUUCACCUGUCCUUGUUGCACCAAGAGAACACCGUGUCCUCGCCAUGCAUUGACAGUCAACUACAUGAACUGAGGGCAGAUAUCGACAUUCCACCUAUACUGCAUAGUUCCUCAACACUCAGAUACACCCUCACACCCACCAUCAACCUACCCCACAAUGUCCACCACUCCACAUAUCAAAUUCGAGCAUUCGCCAGCCGAUAGCCUCGCCGACAGCUUUGACUCCACACCGGGCACAUCAUAUCCAUCACUCUUCGAGAACAACUCGAUGGACCCGAUAGAUAUCAUGACGCCGGCCAUGACCCCUCGGUCAUUUGAGGACGACAGCAUGUUUGGCGGUUCCAUCCGGGGCGACAGUGUUCUAGGUGACACCCCCGCUCCGGAGAAGAAACCAGUAAAGAAGAGGAAGUCUUGGGGCCAACAACUACCGGAGCCCAAGACCAAUCUUCCACCAAGGUAAAUGCGCAAUGCACUUCACCUUCCCAAACAUCCAGCUAAUCCAAUCGACAGAAAACGAGCGAAGACUGAGGACGAGAAAGAGCAACGUCGAGUCGAGCGAGUUCUCCGAAAUCGCCGGGCCGCACAGUCCUCAAGAGAACGCAAACGACAAGAAGUCGAGGCCCUCGAAGCGGAAAAGCGAGCCAUUGAGCGACGUAACCAAGACCUCGAGAUGCGUCUCGCACACGCCGAGGCACAAAAUAUCAGACUUCAACAAGAGUUGGAGCAAAUUACCGGCAAACAAAUCACCGCAUUCCAAUCCCCAGUCUCGUCGCCAGCCCAAGAGCUCCGACAAGCACCAUCACCAGUUACAUUUUCACAAGAGCUGUUUGGAUCCAGAGAUUCCACCAAGAACACAUCCAUCAGCACCCAAGCACUCUCCGAGGUUUCUCCUCAAACAGUGAAUCCCGCCUCCAUCUCCCCCGAGAUCCGACCUGUUAGCGAUUCCGCCAACGCCAGUUCUUCCGAUAUGACACAACAUCCUGCCGCGAUGUUGUGCGACCUGCAGUGUCAGUCGGAAGAACAACGGCCCUGGAUGAACUCAACAACAGCAACGAAUUCCGCAAUCUAUCAAAUCUGGAUAGCCACCACACUACUCAGCCUGAUUUCGGGGGCUACUUCGACGCUCCUGAACCCACUGAAUCAGAUCGUCAAUUCCUUGAACACGGGAUCCUCCCUGUCGCCGACAACUUCAAUCUUAACUUUGAUCAUUUGGUUGGUCACAACGACGGCGCCUUUGACGAUUUCAACCUCGACGACUUCCUCAACCACGAUGACCAGCCUGCGCCCGAGACUCAGUCUUCGGAUUCGCUUGUUGAGACGACUGCUAGCCUGCAGCCCACGUUUGGCGCGUCCUUUAAUGGAUGCGACGAUGUCGGCAAUGCGGUCAGCGUCUGAACAGCAGCUAUCCAACGCCUGUCUCUUGGAUGUAGAUGCGAGUGAUCGUGAUCAACGGAACUCACCGAGUGUUUGUUCGUUAAUGACGUUACUUUGGACCAUUCAUGUGAUCGAGAGGGAACGAACGCAGAAGACAACCAAGCUGGACGCAGCGACGGAAGUCAGACAGGCGUGUGAUAAGCUGGGUGAACUGUUCAGUACGCAAGAGAUAGAGACCCGAUUCUCUUCACCUUCUACUACUUCUACUACUACCAUUACAUCUGGGGCGCUUUAUGGGGAUAAAGCUAAAGAGGAAAAGUCCUUUGAAGGAUGGCGUACAGGCGUUUAAGAUCAUGACUUUAUGAAUUGAUCCUUCUCGAUAAUCCACGUUUUAGCGGGUGGGAAGAGAUUAAUGGAUGUCCUUGUACACCAUAUGUAACAUUUGUGCCAAUACAAAAUCACAUUUAAAAUAUUUAAUUCUGUUUUUUCAUCUGCUUGUGAUGUUUCAAUGUGAAUUCGUCCCUCGUAUCUGUGUGAUGUUGGGUCCUGGAUGAUUACGGGUAUCUGACAGUGCUCACCUAGGUUACCCCCUAGGUGGGGCGAAGUUUAUAGGGUUGGGAGUCUGGGAGAGCUCGAUCUGGGGGCGCUGCUGGACGUCAAGCUCGAUAGUUCACUUAUCUGACCUUCAGUUUUUUUAUUGAUAUGUUGAGCUGUUACUGUACCAAACUUUGAGGUACUGUAGAGUGGGGGCGAGCGGGGCGGGGUAUUGUAAGUUAUGGAUUUCCGAUAGAGUAUGUGAACCAGCUUGACCCCGAAAGUUUUGGUGCUGAUGAUGUUUGUAUGUAUUGUACUGUAACCCAAAUUUAGUAUACGGAACAGGUUCACAUGUUUAUUUUAAUGCUAGUUCUCGUUCUGGAGAAAGUGGAAGUGGACGUGGAAGUGCAUGUAAAGUAAUGUCAAGUAAUGUAUGUUGUGAUAUAUAUCGAGACCUUGGAGGACGGAAAAGGCAGGUAUGUAUACCGAGUGCGUUCACCGCGCGAUGAUAGUUGGGGUAGAGUUGGUACAGUCCGGGAGGGGGGCACGAGAAGAAGUGCCGACCGAGGGUGUAAUUUUAAAGGUUGGUUGGUUGUACUCGUACUGUAGAGUUACAUACUGUACUGUACUGUACUGUACUGUACAUAGAAGUAGGACGAGAUAGGAAAGUUGCAAACUCUAUUGCGUAGAACCAUCUCAUCCUCCACCACGUCCCAUUCUAUUCACAUGUACAUUUACAUUUACAUAUCUCAUCCUUAUUUUCCUACCAUAUUAUCUCAUCCCAUCUCAUCCAGCUUCACCUCAUCCCAUCGCAAAAAUGCUAAACAUCACACUCCCCCCCCUUCCCCCCUUCCUCGAUAUCAAAAACCUCUACCCCUCUCCCCUUCCCNCCCCAGCCCCCUCACCCUACUUCCUCCCUCUUACCCAGGUAGCAUUCAUGUCUACUACCUUUCUCACCCGCGAACAGAGGAUCCGCUAUGCCGCCCCGGUCUUGUUAUUGUGGAUCAGUCGGGUUCGACGGCAUAAUACGGGGGAUCUGAGGGACUUUUUGAGGAUGAGUUUUGUGUGUGGGGUUUUGGGGAAGUUUGUGGAUUUUGGGUUGUUGGCCAAGGAGGGGAGUGAGUGGAAGGUUGGGAGGGGGGAGGGGAUAGAGAGUGAGAAGGGUGAGAAGGAGAAGGAGGGGAAGACUGGGGAUGAUUUGGUGGUGAGAGAGAAGAGGGAGUUUUGGGGGGGUGUGAAGGAGAGUUGUGAGAUUUAUUUAUUUACUUCUAGGGGUAUUGGGUGGAAUUGGGAGGUUGGAG